CUGGUUUCUUUGCCCAAUAAGAGUUGCCAUAGUUGAGUAAUCUCAUUAAAUUUGACUUUUCUUCUUGUACAUAUCAAAAGAAAAUAUAUGGACAGAAAUUAAACAAAGUUGAAAUUUAUUUGCUGAAAAUGUAUGUAACAAGGCCUCUUUCUUACUACCAAAGGAAUCCAGAUGCACUUUCAUUACCUCCUGAAGGUCCAAAUUCAGGUUACUUAGUGAUUCAAGAUGAGGAAUCUGAAACAUAUUGUUGUUUUGGACUUUGCAAAAAUUAUGAUAUCAUGGACAUGCCUAUCCCUCAGAACAAGAAACUGACUGUUCGAUACGAAUCAGGUUCUGGUGAGAACAGGAGUGUUAGCAGGAACGAAGUAAUGUUCAUUCCAGUUCUUAAUAAGCCAUUGUCUUCCAAUCAGUAUUAUGCUAUCAAGCAUCAUGGAAAGCGCAAAGGACAAGCAUUUACUUGUUCAACAGAGGAAGACAAGCAAACCUGCUGUUUCUGCACAUGUAUACAAGACGUUAAACCGAAGCCAUUAGAUCCAGAGGAGGCAUAUCAGCAGUUUGAGAUAUGUCUAUAUGAUACAGGUUGCAAUGUCAAAGGUAACUUUUUUGCCAAGUCUCUUGCUCCUGAUGGUUUUCCACCAUACUUUCUAAGGCGAAAAGGUUGGCAUCUCAGUGCCAAAACUCCUAAAAAUUAUGAACUAAAUGAUGAUGCUCUAGGCCUCAAUCCUGAGUUGAGGCAACAACUUCCACAGUUUAAUUUCACAUCAUCUUGUAAAAGUUCUGAAGUUGUUGUCGUGGGGAAAUGGUAUUGUCCUUUUGCGUUUAUCAAAGAUGGAACAGAACUUAAAGAACAGAUGAAGAGAUCUAUUUUCUAUGAAAUGACACUUGAGCAGAGAUGGGAGCAGUUUUUCACUUGUCAAAAUGACAAACUUAAUGAAGGGAAUUCAGUACUUGUGGAUGUUGCACUUGACACAGAAGUUGUCCUUAUAGCCGGAACUAAUAAAGCAACAUGGGAUGAUAGAAACGUCGUGGAAGGAGUAAUAUGGUUUAAAAGCUAUGGUAAAGAUGGAAAUGAAGUAUCAAGUUUGGGAUUGAGACGUGAAAUAGUUGAAAGAAUGAAGUGGGAACAACAGAGAGGUGGAUGGCAAAAUCAAGGGAGGAUCAAACAAGUUGAAGAAAACAGUGAAAAUAGUAGCGGAUGGAGAAGAUUUAGUUGCUAUGUUUUGGUUGAGAGGUUUGUGCUGAGAAGAAUGGAUAGAAGCUUGGUGAUGACUUAUGAUUUCAAGCACAUUGACAAGGUUAAAAGCAUAUGGGAGUAAGACAGUCAUUGUUGCCGCGCUUGCAUUGAGUCCCUCCAAAAUUACGCUACUUCUGAAGGAUCUGACACACAUAUGGUGGCAUUUUACAAGAGUCAAAAGAACAUACUAUGUGAAUAUGUUUUUAAUAGUUAAGGUUUAAGCUAUAUACCCUAAGAAUGUAUCAAACUCUAUCAGUGUGAAUUAAAAGAUUGUAGUAGGUCAGUCUAUUUUCCAUGUUACAAUAUCAGAUUUACUAGUUACUAUGAAUAAUACAUGGUUAU